AUGGCGACCAACGAGCCAACGUCUUCAGUCGCGCCGGUGAUUGCGGCGACCGCGCCCGCUGACGAACCACCGAAAGAAACAUCUAAUCAGAUUGAUGGCGGCGACGACUCAGAUUGGGAGUACGAGUACUCGACCACCGAGACCGAGACAUACUACCUGACCGUCGAUCUCUCCAUCCCACAGCUUCUGCGGCGCAAACGGAACAUGCCAGUGUCAGGACGAGGCGGAUAUCACUACAAACACUGGGCAGGCCCUACCACCAGGAAACCCGACGAACCGAAACACCACCGCAUCAUGUCGGAAGACGAUCAAAAUGACGACGAGCCAGCGGACGAGCCCGAGGAUGAAGAAGAGAUUGAUCAGGGACAGGCGGACCCAGUUAUAGACAGCUACGACGCAGAUUUUGAAUCUGAACAAGCUGCUGAGAUCCAGAUAUUGGACCUGCAUUCCGACAAGCCAAUGUUCGCGUAUAAGGGCAAGAUCUUUGAGGGACAGUGGACGCGAAACUUGGGUACAGAAGUAAUCUUCGCCGAACACGAGCACGAGGAACCCAUCCCAGCUCUGCGACAUCUUCCCGGCGGUGUCGACAUGCUCGCGGCCAGCUGGUCGAGGAUCAACACGACGGAGAAGCGCUUAGAACCAAAACACGAGGCGGCGACGAAAGACGACCCCCUCAAGGACAUUAGGAGGCAGCACGGAAUUCAUAUACCCAUCACGGCAGACAAGACGGGCGAGCGCAAGCGUCAAACGAGGUUUCUGGAGAAUUUGAUGGCUUUAAAGGUAAAGAGAGGGGAAAAGGACGAGGUCACAGUGUAUGCCCACGCCGCGCCGAAGCCAACAGACAUAGGUUCGAACAGCCGGAGGAAAAGACGGAAGCCGUUGCCGGAUGGACCAAAGAAACGUACAAGCCGGGGCGGCGGCGGCGUCCGCGGGAGAGGUGGCUCUUCCGCAUUGGGAACGGGUGGUUCCGAACGAAAUGAGCGACAAGGCAGCAGCGUUGCAGAGGCUGCGGCGACCUCGCGGGAUGGGGCUGCGUUGUCGACGCCAACGCCGAUGACAUGGGCGAACCUAGAUGGACAGGCCGGAAGAGCGGAGAAACAUUCGGGCCCGAAAGAUGAUGACGAGGCAAGCGACAACGACUAUGAAGACGACGACGAGGAUGGCGGAGAUUUGGAGUAG